CUGAGCGCAUUCCUCCACAGCGCUCACACCGGAGCAGGAGCCGCGGUGGAGCAGCACAGACCGCAUCGCCUCACAGGGGCUGGGAUCUCACCUAAACCCUCACACAGGAGGUGAAGGAAGUGCCGGGUGUCGUCUGCACAUUGCGGUGUACAUGCACAGCAGCCUUGGCUGAGGAUAACGUUGUGUGUACGAGGACUGUGCGCUGCCAUGUCGGAGUUUAUGGUGAGUCUGUUCGGGGAGCGGCUCGUCAACAGCGAGAAAGCCGAGGUGGACGUACAGUCGCUGGGAUCCAAGCUGUCCCUGGUCGGGCUCUUCUUCGGGUGCAGCCUGAACGCACCGUGCAAGCAGUUCAACGGCAGCCUGUGCGAGUUUUACAGCAGGUUCAAAAAGACGUCUGAACACAAGGAUAAAUUGGAAAUCGUCUUCAUCUCGUCUGAUCAGGACCAGAAACACUGGCAGGACUUUUUGCAGGAGAUGCCAUGGCCUGCGUUACCUUUCAAAGACAGACACAAAAAGAUGAAGCUGUGGAACAAGUACAAGGUAACCAGCAUCCCGUCUCUGGUGUUUGUGGACGCAACUACGGGGAAGGUGGUGUGUCGAAACGGUUUACUGGUGGUCAGAGACGACCCUAAAGGCCUGGAGUUCCCCUGGGGGCCGAAGCCAUUUGCAGAGGUGGUGGCGGGGCCUCUGCUCAGGAACAACAGGCAGACGACAGACAGCAGCUCUCUGGAGGGGCACUAUGUGGGAGUGUACUUCUCUGCACACUGGUGCCCGCCGUGCCGCAGUUUGACCCGGGUUUUGGUGGAAUCGUAUCGAAUCGUGAAAGAGUCAGGAAAGAAGUUUGAGAUUGUGUUCGUCAGCGCUGACAGGUCAGAGGAGUCCUUUAAGCAGUACUUCAGUGAGAUGCCGUGGUUGGCGGUGCCGUAUUCAGACGAGGCUCGACGAUCGCGGCUGAACAGACUCUACGGAAUACAAGGUAUUCCCACGCUGAUUCUCCUGGACGCAGAAGGUCACAUGAUCUCACGACAGGGCCGUGUGGAGGUGCUGAACGACCCGGAGUGCCACCUCUUCCCCUGGCACCCUCGGCCCGUGCUGGAGCUCAGCGAGUCCAACGCAGUGCAGCUCCACGAGGGGCCCUGCCUUGUGCUGUUUGUGGACGCAGAGGAGGAAGGUGAAUUAGAGCCAGCCAAGGAGCUGAUCCAGCCAAUAGCAGAGAAGCUUAUGGCCAAGUACAAAGCCAAGGAGGAGGAGACGCCGCUGCUGUUCUUUGUGGCUGGAGAGGACGACAUGAGUGACUCCCUGCGUGACUACACUAACCUCCCUGAAGCGGCGCCCCUCCUCACCAUCCUGGACAUGUCGGCUCGGGCAAAGUACGUCCGCGACGUGGAAGAGAUCACGCCGGCCGUAGUGGAUCAAUUUGUCGGCGACUUUCUGGCUGAGAAGCUCAAACCAGAGCCCAUCUAAAGGGGACGUCCGAAUAUUCAAUGGACUGAACUACAUGGGACUCGCUCCAUUGUGCCCCUCCCACCUCUCUCUCCCCCAGACUGUUAGAGAGAUGUCUCACUUUUUACUGACAUUUUAACCUUUUUUUAGACAUGUUCCUCUUUUCAUGGAGUCCUCUUUCUCCUGUGGUGCCUUGCAUUGAUGAUAGUCCCUACAGUAAUAUAUAUGGAGAUUCUGUUGGUUCUUUUUUUUUUUUGCCUUGAGGAAAGUGUUUUUUUUUUCACUUGAUAGCUUUUCUGAACUCUAGAGAAACCCAGAGAAUUACCCAGUGGACCUACUUAUUCAGCUGAUUCUUUGCUUACUGUUUUGUCUGCAAAAUCCUUGUUACUUUCUGAAUGAUGCUGAGAAGAAUUAAAUGGGCUUUUUUUGGAUGUAGUUGGAUGUAGCCGUAAGCCUUUUAUGGCCCUAUUUAAAGAAAAAAAAACCCUGACAGGUGCACAUACAGUAAAGAUCACAUUAUACCUGCUUGUAACAGACCAAUGACUGAUGUUUUUAAACCCCUGUGUCUUCUUGCGUGUUAUGAUGUGAAUGAAAGUCAUCUCUUGCCAGUUGUUAGCGGUGGUUCUCAUCUCAAAGUCAUUCGGAGGAUUUUCUGUGAAGGUCCCCUAAUGAGGAGGUCGGGCUGUUUCUGGUGUUUGAAAAGUGUUGAAUGUAUAGAUCCCUGUAUUCUGUUACUCCAAUCAUGACUUCUCACACCCAUUAAAACUAUUCACUGGCAAAGCACAAAGUUUUGUUGCUUUCUAAAUUCUACCAAUAAAGUUAGCUCUUGGGUAUGUUAAAUACACCUAA